UUAAGUAGAGCUCUAGAAGUCAAAGUCAACGUGAGUUGCUGUCAACAUAUGGCUAUGAGGCUAUCUAGAGGGAGAAACAACACAGCUUUUUCCAUAAAGAUUUGCAGUUGCUUAAGUCGCCCAAGUCAUCAAUCUUCAACUAAUCGAUUUGGACAGUUUGCAUCGUAAUCUCCACGGCUAUCUGAGAUUAUAAAAGGUUUACCAGGGCAAUCAUCUACCAGCAAAUAGCAAUCCAGCGUAGUGGUGUACUAGUGCAUAGAAGAUUACAAUGUCUCAAACCUGAAGCUUGCGGCGAAGGCAGAUCAUUCUUCCGAGAUGAGCUGGCGGUUGCCAUGGAGGUCACUGGUUAUGAUACUAAGUGUAUUGCAGCCCAUGAUUUACAUGUCAUGCGGCUGCCUUGUGGAGGAAAGGGCCGCCCUGAUGGAUAUUAGGGCUUCUCUGAUACAAGCAAACUCUACGUUGGUGCCCCGUUCAUGGGGACAGACUGAGGACUGCUGCUCGUGGGAGCGUGUAAGAUGUGACAGUAGCAAACGGAGAGUAUAUCAGCUCAACCUUUCCAGCAUGUCGAUUGCAGAUGACUUUUUCUCCUGGGAAUUAAACAUCACAGUUUUUUCUGCAUUUCGCGACCUUCAGUUCCUAGAUUUAUCACAGAAUAAACUGAUUUCACCGAGUUUUGAUGGAUUACUAGGACUCACCAAGCUUCGGUUUCUCUACUUUGGUGGUAACUGGUUCGGAGGGAAUUUCCCGUCAUCUAUUGGGAAUUUGGUUUAUCUAGAAGUCAUUGAUUUCAACUCUAACAACAUGAACGGACUCUUCCGGUUGCAGCUUUCGAAAAUCUUACAAACUUGCAAGAACUGAAUCUGAGCUCGAAUAAGUUUGAAGGUAGCAUCCCAAAGUCAUUGUUUUCACUUCCUCACCUUAAAGUAUUAGAUCUCUGUGGAAAUGACUUCAUCAAGGGAGG